AUGGCAGAGAUUGACCUGUUGGCUGCCGAGCGCCGGCGCAUUAAUUGGUGUGUCGCGUUCGGUCCGGUACGACUUACGAUUUUUGAAACGAAAUAAUGUAGUAUAAUGUUAUAAUAUAAAACGAAAAUUAUAGUAAAAUAACAUUUUGUAUUCUCGCUGCGAGUGUGCUGGUGGUCGUCGUUUCGUCCGGCCCGAGAACGAACGAUUUCAUAUUUUUUGGUUUUUUGCUUACUGUUCGAAACGCGCAAAUUUAUAUCAAUAUUCAUGAUAUUAAUUUAUCGGUGGUCCAGAGGAAAUCGUUAAGAGUGACGCACUGCCAGUUUGUGGAUUUUCACCGAGUCAAAACCGUCUGAAGAGGACUCCUCGCGUACAUAACAAUACUAUAGGUGAAGUCUUUUCGACUCGUUUCGUAUUCAUCGCGUCAUGAUGCCGGUAAGGCUGCAGUGGGUCCGACUUUUAAGCCGCUGUCACUUGCGGCGGACGUGCGUCCCGUUGACCUACAUCGCUCCGAGUCAACCGGUCCGACAUCGCACCGAGUCUAAGGUGGUCCGUUCGCCGUUUUCGGACGUUCAGAUCCCCGAAUGUUUGAUCGACGAAUUUGUGUGGAGCGACCUGGAGAGGUGGCCGGACAAAGACGCACUGGUGUGUGGAGUGACCAACAAGAAAUUAACAUAUCAUGAGACGAGGUUGGCGUGCAAGAGGUUUGCGGCCAGCCUGAAGAAGAGAGGUGCAACAACCGGCCAAGUGUUGGCCCUGCUGUUGCCAAACGUUCCAGAGUUCGCCUUGGCCGCGCUGGGUGCCAUUGAAGCCGGUCUGGUCGUGACCACGAUCAAUCCCGUCUACACCUCAUUCGAACUCGCCCACCAGUUCAAGGACUCCGGUGCAGUUGGGGUGGUGACGAUUCCCGAGUUGUUGCCCAAAGUUUUCGAAGCACAGCAGCUGAUUGCCGGACCCGGCGUGACACCGCUGUACGUCAUAUCCGUAAAUGGCAAAGGCCCGAGACCUGACGGCGCUUGGGACUUUGAUGAGAUGCUCGAUCCUAUGGUGGACACUUCUGUUCUGAAAAAGUUCCGAUCGAACAGCGACGUGGCGUUCAUGCCGUACUCGAGCGGCACGACCGGUCUGUCCAAAGGCGUGUCGCUGUCGCACCGGAACAUCGUGGCCAAUAUCACGCAGACCAACCAUCCGGAUGUCAAUCACUUUUCGGAGACCACAGCGAAUUAUCAAGAUGUGUUGCCUGCUAUUUUACCUUUUUACCAUAUCUAUGGUUUGACUAUGAUUUUUCUGAGAGGGCUGGGUUGUGGAUGUAAAUUGGUGACAAUGCCCAAACUCGAAUCGGACUUAUUUUUGAACAUACUUAAAAACUACAAGGCGACUGUAUUGUACGUAGUACCACCAAUAGUGCUGUUGUUGGGUCAAAAUAAAAAUGUCACGCCUGAACACUUUCAAAGUUUGAAACAUAUAUGCAAUGGCGCUGGUCCUGUGAAAGAAGCAGAUGCCGAAAAAGUACUUGCCAGAACCCAAAACAAAAAUGUACGUUUUUGUCAAGCAUACGGAAUGACAGAAUCAUCGCCAGCCGUUUUCGUAUCCAGGAAUUCCUCGAUGGCCGAUUAUUUGACCGUGGGUCCGCCCAUAUCUAACACCAUGGCCAAAGUCGUCGACCCCACGGACGUCACAGUUGAAUACGGUCCCGGCGAGAUCGGAGAAAUUCUGGUAAACGGGCCACAGGUGAUGCUCGGUUACCACAACAACCCCGACGCCACGGCCGACACCCUAAGUCCUGACGGAUGGCUGAGAACUGGUGACAUUGGUUACUAUAACGAACGAAAAGAAUUCUUCAUUGUCGAUCGCAUUAAGGAGUUGAUAAAAGUCCAAGGAUACCAGGUUCCACCGGCCGAGCUGGAAGGUAUUCUGAGGACCCACCCGGCCGUGCUGGACGCAGCUGUCAUCGGUGUGCCGGACGACAGGACAGGUGAGGCGCCGCUGGCGUACGUCGUGCUUGACCCGGACAGACCGGCCGCCAGCGAGGCAGACGUGAAGGCGUUUGUGGCGGAACGAGUGGCACCGUACAAGCAGAUCUCGGCCGGCGUACAGUUCGUCAAAUCGCUGCCGAAGAGCGCGGCCGGAAAGAUUUUGAGACGAGUGCUCAAGGACGAGUACGAGAAAGUCAAGGGCACCAAGUGA